AUGGCACGAGAAAAAGAUGGUGGCAGGGACAUGCCAACAACAGGGACCAGGGCCAAGGCCCAUACAAACACAGUAGAUGGACUCAUUGAACAGGUAUACCUUGAAAUAAUGGGAAAUAUUAAUGCUAAAGAUCCUGACUAUUGGAAUGUGCCAGAUAAGCCAUCAUCUGAAUCAUACAAUGAAUGUUGGAUGAAAUCUAUUCCCGAUGACAAGAAAAUAUCACAGCUUUCACUUCCUGGAACACAUAACAGUAUGGCCCGUGCUGGACACAUACCAUGGGUUUGGUGUCAAAGCCUUUCUUUAAAUACUCAAAUGAUGCUUGGAGUUCGAUUCUUUGACAUUAGAUGUAGGCAUUUCAAUAAUGAUUUGCUGAUCCAUCAUGAAGCCUUCUAUCAGAAUUGUAAUUUUACUGAUGUAGUGUCACAAAUGAUAUCAUACUUGAAAGUCAAUCCAUCUGAAGUGCUUCUUAUGCGAAUUAGGGAGGAGUACCAACCAACUGGCAACACAAGGUCUUUCCCUGAAACACUAAAGGCAGGAAUGAGUAAAUUUCCUGCAGAAAGAUUUUACUUGCAAGACCACAUUCCAAUCAUGAGCGAAUGCCGUGGAAAGAUCAUUGUUUUUAGUGACAUUUCAGAUGACUCUUUUGGAAUUUACUUCGGAUCAACAGCUAUUGAAGACACUUGGCGUGCUGGAGAAGAUGAAAAGUGGGUUAGGGUCAAAGCUCACCUAGAUAAAGCACAGAAAAGCUCAGGUGAUAUCCUGUUCAUUACAUUUUCAAGUUUCACAACUGGUAUCCAAGCACCACGUGAAAUAGCACGAAAAAUGAAUCCCAAACUUCAUUCCUACAUUACUGGACGAAAAGGAAGACUAGGAAUUGUUGUUAGUGAUUAUCCUGGACCAAAACUCAUCUGUGAUAUAAUUAAAAGUAAUUGCUGA